AUGGUGAAUUUAUUCGUGCACGCGAUCAUCUUCGUUGGGCUGGUGUCACGCUCCCUCACAAGUGCACUCAGCAGUAGCCCCGGGAUAAACAGGCCAGCCCCGGCAACGGUGGCCCCCGAGGAGGCGAGAGACGAUGGCGAGAACCGGGCGGACAGCGAGCGCUUCGAGGCGCUGGCGGUCGACGAUCAGGUGCGACUGCUGUCGAAGCAGCUGAACGCCUUGACGUACCAGCGGCGCGAAGACUACAAGAUGCUCGAGAACAGCCUCAAGAAGUAUGUGCGGAAGAAUGCGGCCGAGAUUACCGACGCCCAGCUCCGGGAGGAGCUGGACCAACUACGGGAGGACGUCAAUCUGCUGCGCGAGCACAGCUCACCGAGCAAGGAGCGGCUGACGGUGCAGUGGCUCUCGCAAUCGAUAGCCGAGAUCCGGACGGAGCUGGCCGAACUGCAGGCCACGUUCGGCGGCGGCUCGAAGGACGCCCAGUUCCGCAACCAGCUGCUCGAGGACCUGAGCUCGCUGCGGACCGAGUUCGGCACGGCGAAGCUCGAACUGGAGGCGCUCCGGUCGCGUCAGGAGAAGACCGAGGUGCUCGUCCGCGAGCUACAGGAGGAAGCGGUCCAGAGUGCGGACGACAUCCGACGCAGUCUCAACCUGCAGCACGAGAAGGACUCGGCGGCGAUGGGCAGUGGUGGAGAACCGGGUGGAAACGCCGGACAACUGCCGCACACGAUCGAUUUCGUCGAGCCGGAAGCGGACCAUCGGAUGCGCCACCAGCGGUUCAUCCGCCAGCAGCUGCACGAGCUCGAGGUGAAGCAGAGUGUCCUGAAGCGCCAGUUGAACGAACUUCACGGGCACCGGUUGGCUGACCGGCUCCGCAGCGUGGAGAUCGAGCAGCGCCGGCUGGCGGGCGCUACCUUCAACGUUAGCCGCCAGGUGGCGUCGCUGGAUAAGCUGCACGGGUCGAUGCUCGAGCUGCUCGAGGACGUGGAGGCGAUGCAGAGCAAGUUCGAGAAGACGGUGCCGGACCUGCGGCGCGAGAUCGCCAAGGUCGAGUACAGCGUCGCCCAGGUCGUGUCCGAGCAGGGACUGGUGCGGGAGGAGGUCCACAAUGCGGCGCGCAGCGUGCAGGCGAUGGCGGUCAGCGUCAGUGCCCUGCAGGAAGAGCGGGCCACCGUUCGACACCUGCAGACGGAUGUGCACGAGCUGAAGGACGACCUGGCGCGCGCCCGUUCCGCCACACAGCUGCACCGCGAAAUGGCCCACAAUCGACUCGAGAAGGUGAGAGCGGCACAAAGUUACCGAAACAUUCGAACCGGUCCCAGGCAUCAGACUCUGGGAUCGAUAAUCAAUCCUGUGGCCGUAGCGCUAACGAAGGGGGGAAAACUUUGGGAUCGUAAUCCUAAUCCUUCCUAA